AUGGGUGGUGCUAGCUUCGUCUUGGCAAUGGCAUUAGUAAUCCUAAUGGCUCUAACAUCCUCACGAGUAGAGUCAUGUCCUCCCUCCGAAUGGGCAUCACUCAUGGCCUUUAAGGCAGCACUUAAAGAGCCCCAUUUAGGAAUCUUCCAUUCAUGGAGUGGUACUAACUGCUGCUACCACUGGUACGGCAUCACCUGCGACCCCACCACUGGCCGCGUCGCCGAAAUCACCCUACGCGCCCUCACCGUCACCGACGACCACCGCUACAACCGCCGCACCGGAACACCCUACAUGAGCGGCCACAUUUCUCCCUCAAUAUGCAACCUCACUCAACUCUCCAGCAUCACAAUCUCCGAUUGGAAGGGCAUUUCCGGAAACAUCCCUCGCUGCAUCACAACGCUCCGUUUUCUUCAAAUCAUUGACCUCUCCGGGAACCUCAUCUCCGGCAAAAUUCCGUGGGAUAUAGGGCGCCUCACCCAACUUACGCUGCUCAACCUCGCAGACAAUCACAUCUCUGGGAGGAUUCCGAGGACGUUGGUGAACCUAACCAACCUCAUGCAAUUGGACCUUCGCAAUAACGCCAUCGAGGGCCCAAUUCCUUGGGAUUUGGGCCGGCUCAAGAGACUGAACCGGGCCUUGCUGAGUCAUAACCGGAUCACUGGCCGAAUCCCACGGUCCAUUUCUGAAAUUUACGGGUUGGCGGAUCUGGACUUGGCUCUAAAUCGGUUGUCCGGUUCGAUUCCAUUUUCUUUGGGCCGAAUGAAGGUUCUGGACUCGCUGAAUCUGAAGUAUAACAACCUAACAGAGAAGAUUCCGUGGACUCUAUUGGGCUCCAGAAUAAGCCAUUUGGAUUUGAGUUGGAACUGGUUGAGUGGGCCCAUUCCCAAUGUGUUUGGAGGAAAAUCGUAUUUUAUAAGCCUUGAUUUGUCGCAUAAUAAUUUGACAGGUUCAGUAGCUAAAUCUAUGGUGCAUGCUACCUAUAUCGGACAUUUGGACUUGAGUCAUAACCGUCUCUGUGGCCCCAUUCCACGUGGUGCACCGUUCAACCAUCUUCCCCUGAGUUCAUUGGAUCAUAAUCUGUGCCUUUGUGGAAAACCGCUUAAUCCCUGCACUCAUAUCCCAUGA